CCAAGUUAAGUUUAGCUCGUUUUAAUAACAUAACAGACAUGCAAGAAAAGUCUGGAUUUUAAUAUCUGUUCAGUGAUACGCUAGUUGGGACGUUAGUUUGGUCAGGAGAUGGGGGAGAAAUUUCAGUAGCUGCACCUAGUGGAUCCGCCCUCUUUUCCGAAUAUAAAAAUUAAUGUCGUGGCGUGGAUUUAGUGUGAGACGCGACAGUCACGCAAGUGUAAACAGAAGGUAUUCAGACAGACUAAGCUUGUGCUGCAAAAUGAACGAAAACACUAGCACAGCAUCGUGGAGCGAUGACGUCCUCACUCACUACAAGCUACUGGUGACAGUGUGAUGUCAAAGACAGUGACGAUGUAUCCGGCUGCCGUCUACCACAACGAAUACAGUGAGUUCAUCUGCGGGUGGGGGGCGGCGUUUGUCAACAUCACAGCGACGUUCCCGCUCAACAAGGCCAUGUUCCGACAGCAGCUCUACGGGAUCUCAGGUUUCCGUGCCAUCGGCCAGCUGCAGAGGGAAGGCCUGCGCAACCUCUAUCGCGGGGUCUUCCCCCCGCUCCUCCAGAAAACCACGUCCCUGUCGCUGAUGUUCGGGAUGUACUACCGCUUCCAGAGGCUGCUCUGCGACUGCUGUCCGCAGGUCUGGAAGCCGGCUUCUCACGCGACGGCGGCUUUUCUUGCCGGAACUGUCGAAGCGACGCUGGCACCGUUUGAGCGUGUGCAGACUCUGUUGCAGGAUAGGAGCUACACGGAACAGCUGAAGAACACACGCCACGCCUUCAUGUCCCUCCGCGGAUAUGGCUUGCGGGAGUAUUAUCGCGGUCUGACUCCCAUUCUGAUGCGGAACGGUCCAAGCAAUAUAAUGUUCUUCUUGGGCCGGGAUUACUUGAAGGAAGUUCUCCCCCUCGACAAUGAGGGAACGCAGAAGCUCAUAAAGGACUUCACCUGUGGUGCUCUUCUCGGUGCCUUCAUCAGUACGCUGUAUUUCCCGUUGAACGUUGUCAAGACGCGGAUGCAGUCGCAACUAGGGGGCCAGUUCGUCGGGUUUUUCGAGACAUUUCGCGUCGUCAUGGCCGAGAGACAUUACAGCAUUGAGAGACUGUUCCGAGGUUACCAUCUCAACUACAUGAGGUCGUUUCUCUCGUGGGGAAUCAUUAACAUGUCUUACGAGUUCUUUAUGCAAAAUUUCUUCCGGAAAACGCCGUGUUCCUGAUGUGAUUUCUUUCAUCUUCCUUACUGAUAAUGUGAUAGUUUAAUACAAGAUUUAAGUACACGUAUUUUAGUAACUUCUUUAGUAAACCGUUGCCUUCCUGAUAAGAGUGUAGGUUGUUUGAUGGUCAGUGGCGGAUCCAGAAAAUCCAUUUUUGGGAGAUGGGGGGGGGGGGGGGACAAUGACAAAGCAGAAUGCCAAGGGAACUGGGGGAGGUUUGGGGAGGAUCGUAAAAAAAAUAUGAAAAUUAAAAUAUAAUACAAUUAUAACUCGCAAAGGGGGGGUGAGCCCCUGCCCCUCUCCCCCAGAUCCACCUCCAACAGUUAAACCUGGAAUAGAUUACUCGUAUUUUAAUAGUAACUUUUUCAUAAAAGUUGAAACUGUUAUCUUCCUGAUAUAAAAUGUGUGGUUGUUUGAUCAAAGUUAAAUGAGGAAUAGAUUAGAUGUAUGUUAAUAGUAACUUCUUCAGGAAAGUGUUACCUUCCUGAUUCAUAAGAGUGUUUGAUAUUUGUAAGUUAAACCUGAAAUAGAUUGCGUGUAUAUAAGUUGGUAAAUUCUUCAGGAAACGGUUCUGAGUGACUGUGUGAUAAUUUGAUAUGUACAUGUACAACUUACGUGGAAUAGAUUUACAUGUCAUAAUAUUUUAGUAACUUAUUCAAGAAACAGUUACCUUCCUGUUCUAUACUGGUAAGAAAGAGUGUGUGGUUUGAUACUAGUUAAACUUGGAAUUGGUUGCAUGUAUUUUAGUAAAUUCUUCAGGAAAUUGUUACCUUCCUGAUAUAGUGUUUGGUUGUCUGAUACAAGUUAAACUUGGAAUUGGUUUCAUGUAUUUUAGUAAAUUCUUCAGGAAAUUGUUACCUUCCUGAUAUAGUGUUUGGUUGUUUGAUAAACGUUAAACCUUGAAUAGUUUACACAUAUUUUAGUAAAUUCUUCAGAAAAUUGUUA